AUGGAAAUGGCGGUCAAGGCGCGGGGGUCGUUCAUGGCCGCCAACAUCAUGGCCGCCAUGGUGAGAGCCGACCUCAGCAGCCGGCAGCUCUGGUGCAAGGUCCUCGCGGUGGCGAGGCGCUAUAUGUGGAAGAACCUCGUGCUGUUCAGUGAGUACCCGGACGACCUCAAAGCCAAGGAUCGUCCUCGCCGCACUUGGAGCAUGAACAAACUGCUGAAACCCAACGAGUGUUUCCUCAUGUACGAGACUUACUAG